CCCACAACAAGUGGGUUUAUAUUCACGUGAAACAAAUUUGGGCAAGUUGCUUCUUGCUUCGCAGGACUUUUAUCAAGGUAUCGUCGUAUUUGUAUGUUAUAUUCUGGAUCAAGACUUGUAAAUCUGUGAACUUGUGUUUAAAGACUACUUUGACGACGGAUUACAGCUCUAAAGUUCAUAAUUAAAGUGAUAUAUCAUGUCUCUGAACGGAUCGAACGUGAAAGAGGAGGAAGAUACGAAGUUCACAAAACUCUUCGUUGGAGGAAUUCCUUAUAAUACAGCGGACGGAACUUUAAGGGAGUACUUCGAACAGUUUGAUGACAUUGUGGAAGCUGUAAUCAUCCGUGAAAGAAAUAGUCAAAGAUCCAAAGGAUACGGAUUUGUUACUAUGGCCACUAAAGAGGGAGCCAAAAGAGCAUGCGUCAACAAAAGGCCAAUGAUCGACGGUAGGCGAGCCAAUGUCGACCUGGCGUAUCUUGGUGCAAAACCCAAACCUACUAAAAUGCCUCAAACAGAUGAUGCUGCCAGCCCAGAAACUAACGGUGUUCCUGCCUCGCCUACAAACUCUGAAGCUGCUACAGACAGUGGAGCAGAAUGGGCUCCCGAAGAGUUCAGUCCUAAGUUCAAGAACCCUCAAGGUUACAAUGUUGGCUUUAAGUAUGACACAGGACAUCCAUCUCCUCCUAUACCGAUAAUGAUCCAUCCAGCAGAAUUCAAGCCACCAAACGUCAGCAGCAUGCAGACCUACAAUUCCAAUAUGCCAAUGAUGAACAACGUGGCGUAUUACGCAGGAAGUAUUCCACCCUACUCCUCACCAACCAAUGCAGGCUUUGACCCCAAGUUCAUUGAUCCCUCCACUGUUAGUUUAGUAACCUAUGUCCCUCAAGUGCCUGUGACAUCUGCUCAACAAAACUCUCAGAGUCUUAAUGUGCAAUGUCUGCCACAGUACAACCAUGUUCCACAACCACUAUCAACGACGAAGCUGAUCCCAAACCCCCGCUAUGUCUACCCCAUGCCAGUGUGGUAUGUGGAUCAGGGCAGGAUACCUGGUGGGCAGGUCAGUUUUGAACCUGUGAGUAACUACUCCCAGAUACCUUUCAACUCCAACUCUGUGGAUGGAAGCAACACCUUUUCCACUUGCAAAAUGUAUCCCAUCACAACUUAUUUCUGACACGUUUUACUUGAAUUAACAUACCUUAUGAAGGAAAUUUGCGUUUUCUACAAGUUAUCAUGGACUCAGUAUAUAGUCAGCCUAUGAACAGAUAAUCAUCGCAACAGGUUUUUUAAUUAUAAUAGUUAUUUUCAUAAAUUAUUUUCUGAUUGUCAAAUCUGACGCACCUAAAGUAAUUUUUACACCUGCUCCUAUAUGCAUGAAGCAAUAACUUUUUUCCUUAUCUGGGCAUACACUGAGAUAUGUUACGCCAAUAACUGUAGAAAGAAACUGCCUCAAUGUACAUCAGUGCGAUAUAGCCAUGUAAAUUACUAAAUAAAAUUAAAUCAAUCAAAACCAAGUAAACGCUGUUUUAAAGCAGCCUCAUUUAGGAUAAGUUAAUUAAGGUAUAAAUACGUCACUUGAACCAGCUCAAGCUAUCGAGAAAGUACCUUCGUGACGAUGUAUUGUAUCAGUACAUGCUAGAACUUUAAACGAUCAUUGACAAGAGUAAUUGUACCGAUAAGUUUAUACGCAGGCGUAUCAACUAAAUGAAAUUACGGAUGUUAUUAUAAACACUUUAGUUAUGCUGUAGAUAUCAUAGAAACAUUCACACUUUUGUAAUGUACCGAGGACUAGAUUUCAUUCACAGUAAUUGAAUAGGUAAAUUCAGAUUUAAUUGAAGUCGCCUGUUAGUUCGAUUGAAACAUCGGAAAUAACUCAGUCAAAUCCAUCCGUUUAUUUUAGAAUAAAAUUUCUACUGUUUUGUCUUUGCAACAA